GAUUGGUAAAUUAUCUAGAGAUGACCCGAACCCGCCAUAAACACUUGCCCGGCGGUCAUUGUUAAACGCCACUCCGACGUUUAAUUAAUAUUUUUGAAGUGAAUAAUGUCAGUUUAUUAAUUGCAGUGUAAAAUAACCGACUAAUUAGCUAUUGCAACGGCCUUCGAAGGCUUUAAUUAGAAAGACAUGUUGUUCUACUCUUUCUUCAAGUCCCUCAUCGGGAAGGAUGUCGUUGUGGAGUUGAAAAAUGAUCUGAGUAUUUGUGGUACCCUGCACUCGGUGGAUCAAUAUCUCAACAUUAAAUUGACUGAUAUUAGCGUCACGGAUCCUGAUAAAUAUCCACAUAUGUUAUCCGUGAAGAACUGUUUCAUCCGUGGUUCAGUAGUUCGAUACGUCCAACUCCCUGGCGACGAGGUGGACACCCAGCUCCUCCAGGAUGCAGCACGCAAAGAGGCAGCUGUGCAGACCCGAUAAAAAUUCCCUGAUAUUUACACUACAUCUAUUUUCUACUCCAAAAGCCAACUAAACAAAAUGUUAAAUUAAUGAAUAGGACAUUCACUGAAUAAAUCGAGAUACAAAUAAACGAAAAAUAAUCGACAAACGUCA